AUGAACAGUGGAAUUCUCUUCUUGUCCCUCCUUGGCUUCCUUCCACUUGUGAUACCCAUAUGCCCUGUGCCAUGCAAGUGUGCCACCAACAUUAUCGACUGCACGUCAAAAGGCCUAACGGUAGCAAAACUACCAGUUGCUUUCCGCCCUUCGGCUGAAAUUAUCCACCUUGGUUACAACAGGCUCACCUCUAUUCCCAAUGGACUCUUUGACAACCUAGAGAGCCUCCGGGUAGUCUACCUGCAGGGCAACCCUUGGGAAUGCAACUGUGACAUCCUCUACUUGCGCUCCUGGCUCCAGUGGCAGCAGAACCGGACCUUAUACAGGGAUGUGAGAUGCACCUCCCCAGCUCACCUGCAGGACCGGAUCAUUGCCUAUCUGACAGAAGAUGAGAUCAUCUCCACAUGCCAGUACUGGUACUGCAGCCUGGCUCUCAUCUCUCAGCUCUGUCUCUUCAUCCUCCUUUUCCUCCAGGCUAUCUUGGUUAUCUUCAUCAUUGUCUACCUGCAGAAAUUUCGGAGAAUGACCACUGAAGCCCAGAGCACCACCCGAGAUCUACGCCAGCAUGUAGACACCUGGGUAUCUUCUUCAAGAAGCCCCUACAACAGUGAUUAACAUCACAAGACUUAAGACCCUCCUCCCCCUUGGGUGAUGCUGUGCCAAGGUCAUGUGGUUUGUGAUAUCCAGAAGGGAUAAUUCAGUGCAGCAUCUGAUCCUGACUGCAGUCCGAAGCAGGACUUGAACUGAUCAGACACUUGCUGUAUUUCCAAAGACCUGAUCUUGUGUUUUUUAAUGCUUUAAACUCUUUAGCAUGACCUUGAUUGCUUUGCUGAGCUGGGAGUGGUUCUGGUUUGGUAGACUAAGGAAAUCAUAAACUACAGCAACCAGAACUGACUUAUACUGCUCAUAAGCUCAUAGGGGCUACGGUGCUCGAUCCCUCCUAUGCUAGAGUAUUUCAGCCAUACUUUCCACGAUGCUUCUGAUUGCAUUGGGUCAGGUGAGGUCAGAGGUGGACAGUGAACAGUUAAGGUACUGGACUAGGACAAUGAAGAAGUACAGUUUCCUUGGUGCUACCACCGAUUGCCUAAGUAACUUUGGACAAGUGACUUAGUC